AUGGGCAUCCAAGGCCUGUUGCCACUUCUCAAAUCUAUACACCGCCCUGUCGAGCUCAGCAAAUACGCCGGCGAGACCCUCGCUGUGGAUGCCUAUGGCUGGCUUCACAGGGGCGCCAUUGCAUGUGCCAUAGAAUUGGCCGAAGGCAAGCCAACGCGCAAAUAUGUGGAUUUCGCCAUGCAUCGUGUUCGGAUGUGCCUUCACUUUGGCGUGACUCCUUAUCUGGUCUUCGACGGUGACUACCUUCCCAGCAAGCGCAGCACAGAAGAAUCCCGGGCCAAGAGACGUGAUGAUACCAAGAAAGCCGGCCUGGAAUUGCUCAAGGCCGGGAAGCGGUCUCAAGCACACCUCGAGCUGCAAAAGGCUAUCGACAUCACGCCCGAGAUGGCACGGCACCUGAUUGAGGAGCUCAAGAAAGCUGGCACACCAUAUGUCGUGGCGCCUUACGAGGCAGACGCUCAGAUGGUCUACCUGGAAAAGCACGGUCACGUCUCCGGCAUUCUUUCAGAAGAUUCAGACCUGCUGGUGUUCGGUGCCAAGAAGCUGUUAACGAAACUGGACCAAUAUGGCCACUGUGUCGAGAUCAACCGCAAGGAUUUCUGCGCCGUACGAGAGGUCUCUCUCACCGGGUGGACAGACAAGGAGUUCCGGCUGAUGACGAUCCUCAGUGGUUGUGAUUACCUGGCAGGCGUAAACAACCUGGGCCUGAAGACCGCCCACCGCAUGAUCCGCAAAUACAAGACAGCCGAACGUGUGAUCAAGAUGCUCCAGUUCGAUGGGAAGGUGCGCUUGCCUGCGGACUAUUCAACACAAUUUCGGCAGGCAGAGCAGACAUUUCUCUACCAGUGGGCAUUCUGCCCCGCGAAAAAGCAGCUGGUCAACUUGAACGAGCCCCCAGCCGGUCUCGAUGUUACGGAACUGCCAUUCAUAGGGCAGAGCGUUGACGCAGAAGUCGCGUGCGGAGUGGCCAACGGGGAUCUCAACCCAAUGACCAAGGAUGCCAUCAUCAUUCCGGCCUUGCCUGAAAUUCGCAAAAGAACUGCGUCAGGGACCGCCCGGGUUGCCGGCGCCACCAAACCAGCGGCUGCUGCACCGAAGAAACCUAUCGACACAUAUUUCCAAGGCCAUCGCCGGAUUCCGUUGGGCGAGAUGGAGCCGAACUGCUUCUCUAUUGAUCCUAACAGGGUGGCUGAUAUGACGGAGAACGGCAAUCGCCCGAUCGUAUUUCCACUACCUCGUCCAUACAUCGAAGAUUCUGCAGAGUCCCAAUCAGCUCCUUCAAGGACUUACAUCAGCCGUCCCACAAGAGCGAAUCCGCGCCGCGUCUCUGAGCCAGUGAGCAACCUUCUUGUCGCUGGUGGGCAGGCACUCGGUUCUUCACGGCGCCAGACAGCCGGUCCCGAAUUGCGUGCCCGACCAAACAGGUUGUCGAUAGAUUCAACAUCUCUACCAGGCCGGCCUCCAAAGAAGGCAAGGCUGUGCGACGAUGCAGGCGCAGAGUUGCCAGUCCAACAGAAGAGCAAAUUCUUCGCCAAGAAGCAGUCUGUUACAGCUACCGUACCAAAGGAUCAAGGGUAUCUCAUGUCAGACGAUUCAAUCGAGGAUGCGCUCAGCCAGCUCCCGGAUCUUGAUGGCUGGGAAUCUCGGUCAAAAUCGCGUCCAAGCUUACAGGUAUUUGAGGAGCCAACGCCUGCCAAAUCAAACACAGUCGAAAAUGCAGCUUCAGAAGAGUCCGUCGAGGACGAUAGUACUCAACCAUCUUCAGCACCGGCGUCCCAACCAGUUUUCUCUCAGCCUAGUCGGUUUGAUCGCUUCCAGUAUGACGGCUCUGCUCGUCGUACCACCACAAGUCGCCGAGCUUCAAUCAUCUCAACCCCGGGAUCCUUCGCUAGUUCAACGCCAGGAUCCUCAUUUGAUCAGUCAAGCUCGGUGCCGGCUUCAGCAGCGACGGCAUGCACGACACCUGGAACACCACAUCUGACGCCCCUGCAACGACUUGGCGCGCAAGCGCUGAAUAGGCCCAAGCGCUUAGCAGCAUCGCCCAUGGUAUCGCCACCACGCAGGGACAAGCGCGCCUCCAAACCCCCACGGCGCAGUCUCGAGGCCCUCCCGGUGAAUGCGGCAUUCAUCCCACUGCCACCUGUGGACGUUGAGGAGGUUGAAGCACUCCACAAGCCCACAGGGAGUGAGGACCUUCUUGGACCAGAGAGUGAGAACGAGGAGCACGACAUCAACUCGGAGAACAUUAAGCCCACAGAAAGACGUUCUGCCUCGAGGGGGCUUGACCUGUCGAGAUUUUUGUGUGCAUAG